AGCGCGGCUGUUCCGCAGCAGCGCCCCGCAACGGCCGCUCCGCCGCGGCGCGGCGAGAACUACCAGGCCCGUCGGCCCCUGCGCGCCGCCCCCACCUUUCCCGCCGCUCUCGCCCGGCGCCUGUCCGCGAGGAGCGCGGCGCCGCCGCCGUCCUCGGGGCGCCGGGCCGCGGGGGGCCGGGCCGAGCCGAGCGGUCCCGUGCCGUCAGCCUCGCCGCCCCGUCCCGCCCCGCGCCGCCCCGCCCGGCCCGCGCCGUCCCGCGGCUCAUGAGGGAAGAUGGUUAUCCGCGUCUUCGUCGCCUCCUCCUCGGGCUCCGUGGCGAUAAAGAAGAGGCAACAAGAUGUGGUGAGGUUUCUGGAAGCCAAUCGUAUUGAGUUUGAAGAGGUGGAUAUCACAAUGUCGGAGGAGAAAAGACAGUGGAUGUAUAAAAAUAUUCCUGAGGACAGGCAGCCUGCGCAAGGCAAUCCACUGCCACCACAGAUAUUUAGUGAUGAUCGGUACUGUGGGGAUUAUGAUGGCUUUUUUGAAUCAAAGGAAAGCAACACUGUCUUCUCCUUUCUCGGACUGCAACCUAGUUUGGCAUCAAAGUAGGAGUCAGAACCCUAGAAAACCGGUCUGAAACUUCAGCAAGCACAUCUUCUGAAUGAAUGACCCUGUUCUUCAGCGCACGAUGGCUUCCCCAAUGGAUCACUGUGAUAGAGCAACAUGCAUCAUUAUUAGUAUUCUGCUUGCCACUGGGAUGGUGCUCACCAACAGUAUGGAGUUAGUAACUUAUAUAUGAAGUGGGGUUAAGACUGACCUACUGAAUAUUCCUUUUCAAAAAUAUUCAUUGUUGUUGUUUCAUUUUUGUCUUUAGAUAGCUUUUAUAACUGGCACUCACAGUCUGUCUGACACAUACAUUUGAGGAUGAAAAAUGAGCAUUUAGGGCCUGUGUUGUUCAUGGAUACACUUACAUAGUCAGGUUCCUUACCUUUUUAAGUUCUUGUAACUACUGCACUUGGAAUUAGCUCAUCAUGACAGUUGAAGUGCUGGUGCUUAUUAGACAGUCUGUGCUAUCUACAAUCCGGAAGGUAAAAACAGUCAAUCUUAAGAUCUCAGUCCAAGCUAAGAACUGCCAUAUUUCUGCUCUACCUUUAUUUAUUGUGAUGUUUAUGCUAGCAUAUGUUUGUUGUAAGAGACAUGGGCUGCUAACCUUGGUCAUGAAAACUUGAUUUGCCUCAUGAAGAACAUUACAACUGGCUAUUUAAAAGCAGUUGUUAUCAUGGAGGGGGUGCCAAGAUGAAAUAUUUUGAUGGGUCCUUUUCCAAAUACAGGUAAAAUGUGCAUGGAUAGAAAAUACUGAGAGUUCAGAAGAAGAGGUCUCACAGCUAAUGAUUACAUUAAAUAAUCUCUUAAGCGAGAAAGACUUAGCACUCCAAGUUAGAGCUCUUCACUUGGCUGUCUUAAAAUGAAAAUUUGCCAAAACCUUGAGUUUACCUCCAGUAACACACUGUUCCACUGUUAUCCACAUAAUAGCCAGGAGGAUACUUUGACAGUGAGAGCUCAAUCUUGUAGAAGGUUAAACACUCUGCCCUGUUCCUGGAGCACACCUAACUUGCUCAGCUGUUGUUCCUACACCCUCCCCCCAACACACACAGAUAUGGGGAGGUAUGCCUCAAAGACAGUGAGAAAGCUGUGUGUGCGCUUUGCUGGAUGAAGCUACAGUAGUCAGCCCUGCUGAGGAGCAGGAGCUAAGGAAAGGAAGUGCAGAUUGCCCCAGAGGGAUUGUUUUGAUGCACUAGCAGAACUUAGACCCUAGACUUGCCAAUAAGCAUUGCAAAAUGCAUUUUACCAAAAGUCCAAUUGCUUUCUGCAUUUUGAAUCACUUCUAGCUGUUUAAAUAACAGCUAAGCUAUAAUGUAGUUUGUGCUCAAGUGAUUCCAUAAUGUCUGGGUAGUACUAUUCCAAUAACUGUCCUUAUGUCUUUGCAUAAAUGGGACAUGACCACUGUGUGCGAGAGCUUCCCUGCAAUCCCAGCAUCGCUCAGAUUGUGAGGGAAGCCAAAUUUCUUGCAAAAAGUAUCAGAAAGCAACUCUGUCUGUGUAACAAAUGACAUUUCUAUUAAAAUCAGUAACCACAACAUCCUAGUUGGUUGGAAGGGACAACUGAAGGUCAUGUAGUCCAGCACUGUGUCAGAAUCAGGGCUAACAUCAACACUAGCUCAGGCUUUGUCUGGCAGAGUGUUAAAUACAUCCAAAGAUGGAGAUCUCAUAACCCUCUAGCUAGCCCGUGCCAAUGCUGCACUGCUCUACUAGUAAAAACUUUUUUUUUUAAUGUCUGACCUGAACUCCCAAGCUGUCAUUUGUGGCUGUUGCCUUUUGUUUUCUUUUCUUUUUCUAUUUUGUCUGGUAUUCACGGGAAGAGUUUGGCACCGUCCUUUUUGUAACUGCUUUCCAGGUAGUUAUAGGCUACUACUAGGUCACCCCUUAGCCUUCUUUUUGCCUGACUAAGCAAACCCAGCUUCCUCAGCCUCUCUUCGCAGGCCGUGUGCUUUAGGCCCCUGGCUGUCUUAGUUUGGUGGAGGGCUCCUCCCAGCCAGUACUGAUGCAUGGCCACCCCCAGGUGCAGAACUUCGCACUUUUUCCUAUCAAACCUCAGGAGGUCUCUGUUGGCUCAAGGUUAUUGAGAUCCCCCCGGACUGAGGCCCUGCCAUCUGUUGUCAGCCACUCUCCCAAGUUCAGUGUCAUUCACAGAUUUGCUGAAGGUACACUUGGGAUCAGCAUUCAGGUCCUUGAUGAAGAUCCUGAACAGCAGGAGAACUGUAGCCUCCAGAUUUGGGGUAAGAGCUUACUCAAGACUACAGAGGUAUGACGUGACCAGUGUUCGUGACUGCUGAUUGUUAUGGUAGAGAAUAGGUUAUCUUCCUAUUGGUGUUGUCUCAGCCACAAUUUGCUUACAACUGUGUGUUUUUUCCCUUUAGCACAAAGGCAAAAAAGUUUUAAGAAGGAGAAGCUAAAGGAAACCAUCCAUAAAUCAAUUUCUGUUUGGAUCCUCUUGUGCCUCCUCAGCUCAAUUAAAGGAGCUAGAUGGAACAAGAGCACACACAGAUUUUAACCUCAUGGUUAUAUUUACUAUUCAAAAUCUUGGCUACAGCACCUUCUCUAGAGGAAUUCCGAGUGGGAGCUGAUUGUAUACAUAUAUGUAUAUGUAUAUAUAUUUUUCAGAAUUAUAUAGUUGCCUGUGGUAAGUUAUUGUGGCAUUCUUGUCACUAAUCCCCUAUUUUUAUGAGACCCAAACUUCACUGUAAGAAUGUGACAAAUAAGGCAUGAGCCAGAGCUGUACUUUCUUAACUUUAACAAAUUCUAUAUAACUAUUUUAAGUGAGGAAAAGAAAGUUAUUUAACUUUUCAAAGAAUACGGAUAUAAAUUUAUAUAAUUACACAGCCAAUUACAGAGAAGCCAUCCUGGAUUUAUCAUGUACUUGAUAUGUUGUAAACUCUGAGAACUGUCUGAAGACCCAGUUUUGAAAAACUUACAGAAGUAAGUGUAUCCACAUGAGUAAUCCCAGAUUUACUGAUGUGAAUGGCAGAACUCACACUGAUUUCUCCAGGGCUGAAACUGGUUUCACAAAAUUGCUUGAAUUUUGAUAAUUGCAGAAUAGAAGCCUCUAGUUCAGUGGAGAGCAAAUUCUGUUAUAGCUAUUAGGUAAAAGUAGCUUAUUUCAAGGCGUGCAUAUGGGCAUAAUCAGUUGUAUGGAGGACAAUACUAGCUCCAGAGAUACCCUGCUUGCUUGCAUGGGUUGGCUUUAUAAGUCCAUUAGAAUAUUUGCUUUUGAAUUGUAAGUGGCUAGCUUAAAAAAAAAUAGUAUAUAUGUUGCUUGAAUGUGAAUUUUGUCUAAUGUGCUACAGCCUUAUUUUUAUAAUUAAAGCAAGUAGAGUUUUAGUUUGUUACAUGAGAUGACCUGUAAUUUUUUAAACCAGUUUUGUAAUAAUGAAAUGUAACUAAUCAGGUAACUGAAAAGCUCUGUGGAAAUUAGAGCCAUUGUUGAAAGAAAUAGAAAAUUCCUAAUUUUGUUUAAAAUACUUGCAUAAAAGAAGGUAUGCUUGAGAACCAAAUGGUCCUAUUUUUAGCUAAUGCUUGUAACUAAUCCCACUUUUUAAAAGGGAGAGCAGUGUGAAUUAAACUUUAAAUCUUCAUACCUAGCUAAAUUUGCUGUGUGGGCAUACGUGCACACACACAUUCACUGUAUCAGUGGCUUUGAUAAGAGAUGUUUCUGUUUGUGCCACACACUACUGGUUAGUGCCUUGUCAGAAAGAGGACUGUUACUGUAGGGGCUUUGUAGAUGUGAUUAAAAUUUGAACUCAGAAAGGGGUAGUUUAUAUGACUAUUUUUUUUAAUAAUGCAGUAAAUUGAUAUAGGGGCCUGAGAAGAAAGACACAUGUUUUGUAAGGUUGAAACAGUUUUUGAUGAAUCUUGUAAACUCUUAAUUUUUCUUGGGGUGGCUUUCUCUCUCUCUCCUAUUUUUUUUUUUUUUUUGUAUGUGAAAUUAUUUUAGAAUCAAGCCUUCCAGGAAGUGGUCCUGGAGUAAAGCCCCUAAAUCCAUGUUUAGGCUCAAAAAUAACGAUGUUUCAAGUGCUGAGCAGCCCAGGCGCUAUCACUGAAAUGAAGAGCUGCCAAGCUCUCAGUAGCUUUCUUGGUUCUCCCUCCCUGUACCCUCUGUCAGGCCAAUUAUUUAGGGACCUCAGUUCUUGGAAUAACAUUAUUCAAAAGAAGGAGCCUAAGAUUUUAGGCAGUGCCUUGUGGCAAGAGAACUGCCUUUGCAUGAGUGUAAGAGUGGGGUCUUAGCCAGGAAGUGCCAAAUCCAGUUAGUCUUCCUUGACUUGUCCACUGAUUUCGAUAAAACUAUGUGUGUGAGCAGUGCAAGAAGGAGUGAGCCUCAUGUAUUCACCCUGCUCAGAGAGCAGGAAUGGAAGAAAUUUUGCAGAAUGGCAAAUAGCGUCUUUAUGUCACCCUGAGGAGUUGUUC